AUGCCUCACCGCGAGGAGAAUGUCGAGCGGUCAACUUCACCCGAAAAUUCAUCACGUUCGGUGAAACGGCGCCCUGACGUUUUUGGCAUGACAGGAACACAAUCACUUCCACCACCGGCACUUCCUCAGCUGGUCGCCGAGCAGCACAUUCCCAUUGCUUCAACCGACAAAGACACUCAAAGGCUGAUUGUAGUACUCUCAAAUGCUUCCCUUGAAACCUACAAGGCUAGCAGUAUUUAUGGCGGAAGUCGCCCAGGCAAUCAACGUGAGGAGAAAUAUUCAUUGCUCAACAGCGACGAGCACAUAGGAGUCAUGCGUAAAAUGAAUAGAGACAUCAGUGAUGCGAGGCCUGACAUAACUCACCAGUGUCUUCUAACACUUCUCGACUCCCCUAUUAACAAAGCUGGUAAACUGCAGAUAUACAUACACACUGCUAAAGGUGUUCUUAUUGAAGUCAGUCCGACUGUACGAAUUCCUCGUACUUUCAAGCGGUUCGCUGGUCUCAUGGUUCAACUCCUCCACCGUCUGUCUAUCCGUUCUGUAAAUUCACAGGAAAAGCUCCUCAAGGUCAUUAAAAACCCCAUAUUAGAUCAUCUUCCUCCAAACUGUCGGAAGGUCACUCUAUCAUACGAUGCCCCAUUAGUCAAAGUUCGAAAGUAUGUCGAGACACUCUCCGACAAAGAGAGUAUCUGUGUUUUUAUUGGUGCAAUGGCCAAGGGAUCCGAUAAUUUUGCCGAUCAAUUCGUUGAUGAAAAAAUAUCAAUCAGUAACUUCAGUCUCUCCGCGUCUGUCGCGUGCAGCAAAUUUUGCCAUGCUGCCGAGGAUGUGUGGGAAAUUAUUUGA